AUGCACUUCUUCAAACUCAUCGUCAGCUUUGCUGCCGCCGUCUCCGCCAUCGACAUUCAGAAACACUUUGGCCAAAGCUGCGGCGGCAACUUCCGCGUCUGCAGAGCCAUCGACCCGAACCGAUGCUGCGUCGGCGCCACGGCCGAGAGCAUCCGCUUCCGCUACAUCCCGUCCAACUGGCGCAUCGAGACCCGCGGCUACGACGGCGGCGACUGCCGCAACCGCCGUGCCACCAUUCUCUCGGCCGGCACCACGUCCGUCUGCAUGCGCUCCGGCGGGUUCCUCUUCACCGGCGGCGGCUACGGCUUCGUCAACCGGAAGAGGGCGCCUCAGGAGGCUGGCGAAGAGACGUGUGCUGCCGUCGGCGGCGAAGGGCAGGAGCAAAAGUGCGAGUCUAGCCAGAAGCCUGAUACCCUGGUGCUUGUUGACGGCUCCGACUUUACUAUCGCCGCCGAUCCCAACGUGACCUCCGCCGCCGACAUCCCUGACGAGUUCACGCCUCUAAGGAAGUAA